AUAGCACUAUUGGAUGAGACGUGAAAAGUGGGCAGGGCAUUUUUGUCAUUGCAUAUUGCAUUUCAAAUCGGCAAAAUUAGAGGCAAAAGCAUGGCAGCGUUUAUGUUUAGAAGACAAAUUAUUUCCAAAUUCACAUCGCAAACGCUCAAUCCCUUACGGAAUUACGGAAAAAAAAUAAAGCUUGAACUCAGGGAGAAAAAGUCAGUCGCUCCUGUUUCAAAGGAUUUUGUCUCCUACGACCAGUCGCGCAACCAGAUUGAUGCAUUCAAAACAUCCUUGCAGUCGAGAGGAUUCCUCAGGAAACAAAAGGCAUUUGUGCCACCUCCAGAUGUUGUAGACAGGAUAAAGAAAAUUUCAGAGACGGUCUACCCAAAAAACUUUACUUGGAAGGACAAAUUGGAAGACGUCGGCAAUAAAUACAAGUUUCUUUCUCUUUGCUGGAAAGAGUUUGAUCACCAAGUACCAAAUUCGAUGCUGGCUCCCAUGGACACAAUCCAGGACAUUUGUGAUUAUUACCAAACUGAGGUGAAAACAACCACUCCACUUGACGCUUUGAAGGAAAUGGAUCUUCCUCAAAAUUUAACUGUCCAAUAUGAAUAUCACAGAUUUCAUCCAGAAACCGACACAAUGUUUGGGGGUGUUUCUGCUUUUCCCGGUAGUUCUACAAUUGUUACUGGACUGAAGUAUAAGAAAAAAUACAAAGGCUACAUUGCUCCUAAGGAUUAAAAUUGUUGUUCUGGUAAUUUCUUUGACUACCUUAUUUGUCAGAAAAAUAGUAGUAAAAUAAAACAAUUUAAAAAAAAUUCA